CUAACGUCAUGUCAUUUUUUAUUCUUUAUCUGUACCGCCCGCCAUUUCUAUUUUAGUCGUGGUCCUACAAUGCCGGCUUCCUAUUUCUAUUACUUUUCUGAUAAGAACUGUGUUAUUUCAAGUUAGAACUAGCACACGAGUACAAUUCUCAUUGUUUUUUAUAUUCUACGUUACCUGGUAUCGGUUGAACAGAACGCAACCCGGAAAAAUGAAGCAGAUAUACAAAUACGGCCUCAGCCUGCUCUUGGCGUUAGCUGCAUACGCGACAGCCUCGAAAUUCAUCUUUGACAAGGUGUUUGAUACAACAGAAAUAGUCAUUGAUGAGCUAUUCCACAUCCCGCAAGGCAUGGCGUAUUGUGAACGGAAUUUCACACACUGGGACCCGAAGAUCACGACUCUGCCAGGCCUGUAUUUAGUGUCUGCUGCCUUCCUUGGAACGUACUUACCCUGCGACACAUACCAUCUACGGCUAGUCAACUUGAUCGCUUCAUGUGUAAAUCUGCUGCUAUUUUCCUCAAUAUUAAAGUUUGUUUACGGUAGCAACACUGAAAGCCAGUUUAAAAUAGUGUUGCAAGCAUUUAAUUUAGCUAUACUUCCGCCUCUGUAUUUCUUUUCACAUGUGUAUUAUACUGAUACUCUGUCACUUACUUUUCUGUUGGCGUUUUCUCGGUUAUGUUUCACGAGUCGACAUAAAUUUUUCAUUUUGCUCUUCGGUUUGUGCAGUGUUCUGAUGCGUCAGACGAAUAUAGUCUUUAUAGCAAUGGUGUUAGGUCACAAAGUGCUAGAUAUCAUGAUUAAGAGCUCAAGAGUAUUCGGCAAUAAGUAUUUAACCAAAACUUUGUUGAAUAAAAAUUCUGUAAUAGCUCGGGAUGUUGACGCUUCGAAGUUGAAACGGUAUUAUAGUAUGAACGAUGUGUUUCUGGCAUUAGGGUAUCAUAUAACAACAUGUUUUGGCACGUUUUUCAAGUUCCUAACGAAACAAGACUGGUUAAUAAUACUUACACACAGCGCAACUCUAAUUUCGUUUGUAAGCUUCGUUUAUAAAAAUGGUUCUAUAGUUGUUGGAGAUAAAAGCGCUCAUGAGGCUAGCCUGCAUUUACCUCAAAUGCUGUAUUUCCUCAUAUUCUACGGAAUCUUUGGAUUACCGUAUCUUGUAGCGAAAUUACCAUCAACAUUGCGACUUAUGGCGAGGAAUAAAACUAAAAUAGUACUAUUCGGUAUUCUUUUUGCUAUAAUAGUACAUUUUAAUACUGUAACACACCCAUACUUACUUGCAGAUAAUCGUCACUAUACAUUUUACGUAUGGAAUCGAUGGUUCGGGAAAUAUGCAUUUGCAAAAUAUGCGACGAUUCCAGCUUAUAUAUUCCUUCUUUUCAGUUUGUAUGAUAAUUUAAAGGACCAGAAUUGUAUUUCAUUUCUUUUACCGUAUACUAUUAGUUUAUUUUUAGUGCUAGCAUUACAGAAAAUGAUAGAAAUUAGAUAUUUCUUAGUCCCAUACAUAGUUUUACGAUUAAGAUUUAUAAGACCCACAUAUAAAAUUGUUAUAUUUGAAUUUCUAUGGUAUUUGAUUAUUAAUGUUGUUACAUUCAAUUUGUUUUUCCAAAAGGAGAUAAUGUGGAAAGAUUUUGAUUAUGCACAGAGAAUAAUAUGGUAAUGUUAAAUACUUAAGUAUAGGUAUUUUUGAAUAUUUUCUUUAUCUUACGCCUUAAAUUCUUUUUUUACGUUAUGUUUGCUGAUAUGUCAUUGAUAGCCUCUCUCCGAGUCUCGGCACCGCUCCGAUCCAAUCGUCGACACGAGACAAGAGCAGGACGAGAAGGGAGCAGCAUGUACACACUCGUUCUCGGCCUGUCUUGGGUCUAACGAGUGUGUACAGCGCACAUUAAAUGGGUGGUUUAGGUAUAGUGUGUAGCUUUCAAAUAGAGUUCGACGGCUAAUCCUAUUGUUAAGUAGAACCGCUCGUGCCACGUGCCACAACCACCUGCAUAAAAAAUACGUACUUCGGUUACUGAGUGCCAGCGAGUCGAACGCUACAGAACCAGUCUAAAAUGUGUCAUCGAGAUGCGUAACAAAGGCGCGUUAUCGGAGAGCGCACCUACACUGGUUUUUGAGUGUUGGACUAGCCCCGGUGCCAAAUAGAAUAAUUAAGACCCUUUUUUGCAGGUAACUAGCACGUGCGGUUUUACUUAACAAUAGACAAUAGGAUUAGCCGUCGAGCUCUAUUUGAAAGCUACACACUAUACACACUGAUACUUCUGUAUUUAGUUUUCCAAAAAUUGUAGUUGACUCAUUUUCAUUUAAGAUUACUUAAUACAAUUAAAGAAUACAUGAAUGGGUGUAAUUAGAGACGGAGUUUCUAUAUGUAAUUUUAUUAUAGAAAGUAUUAUAAUUAUAACAUGGGAUGCGGCUUGGCUGUUGACAUAUAUUAUAAUUUUCAAAAUAAUUUUAAUCAACUAGUCUUAUAAUUAAUUUCGCUUAUGUCAGUACCCCAAAGAUUGUUAUAAAUCAUUAAACAUAAAUGGCCUUAAUUACUCAUCAUUAUAAUUAUUACCAAAAUGUGACGUUCCACGGCAAAAGGUACCUAAUGGCGGCUGGCGCUUACGUCACAUAGCGCCGCAAUAAUAUUGGAGCGGCGUUAAUAAUAGCGUAAGUGCCAACCGCCAUAAGGUACCUUUACCCGUGGGACGUCACAUGUGCCCUAGCCAGAUUUUAGAGCCCAUCAACGUGCACACUAGCGCCACUGCUAAAUAAUCGUGUAUAUUUAAAUUUAACGACAAGUAUUUAAAUAAAAAAGGGGGCCGCUACGUACUGAAUUGUAUAUUUAAGUACCUUUUGAAUACAUCAAACUAGUUUUUAUAUUGCCAGAUUCGUCGAUCUAGGAACUCAAAACAAAAACGGUAGUUUUAACUUUGCACGCAUAGAUUCACAAUACACUGGGAUAUUUUUUCUCACCUUUUACCACUGUCAUAACUACUGGGAAUAAAAUUAAUUAUUUUUCACCUCAGCAGGUCGAACAAGGGUACUUUGCUUCUUAAAAACAGUGAGCAAAAUGCGAUUUUGCUCACUGAGUCAUUUUGUCUCACUCACCAAUGUGAGACAAAAUGUCAUUCAAGUGACUUUUAUAGUCAAAUGUCAUUUCAACAUGCGGGGUCUAAUACAAGUUCGAUAUACUUGGGUUCUAUUAUCUCUGUCCCUCUAGGUAUGUUCUCACUGCUUAGGGUGAAAAAUUUUGUGUACUACACGAGAUCAAAGUUAUUUAAGUACAUCUCGUGCGCUUUUGAAUCCCUUACUACGCUCAAGAUUCUAAAUUAGAUUCACUCGCUACGCUCGUGAAUCUAUUAUAGAAUCUUUCGCAUGCACGGGACUCAAAAUAAGCACUCGAACAAAUAUCAAACUUUGAUCUCUUGUUGUACAAAUAACUAUUUCCCAGUAGUUACCACUGGUAAAACUUGGUGGUAACUAGUGGGUAUAACCCCAUCUGUAUAUGCGUGGUGGGGAAAUUGAAAGGGACGCCAACACACGCCGUUACAUAAAUGUAAAGGCGUAGACCCGAUUUUUUAACACUUUGACAGAUGUCAAUGUGCCCAAUAGCCGCCAGGGCGGCGCCACGAUAAUGCACACAGCCAAAAGGUGCAGCGCACCAACUUAUUAAAGUGUCAGUAGGGUUUGCACGACGGAUCCGAAAUGUAUGGGAAGGUCCGCGGAUCCAGAUCCGGAUAAUUUCAUACAUUUCGGAUCCGGAUUGCAAACCCUAGGUGUCAGUAACACCGACUUGCUUAAAAUAUUGAAUUUGUGAUAUUAAUGUGAAUUGAAUGUAAUUAUUUCUGUAUGUAAUG